AUGGCUGAGCUCAAGUUCGAGACCCUGCAGGUCCACGCCGGCCAGCAGCCGGAUCCCACCACCAACAGCCGCGCGAUGCCUAUCUACGCAACAACCUCGUACACCUUCAACGACAGCAAGCACGGCGCCGAUCUGUUCGGUCUCCGCGCGUUCGGCAACAUCUACUCGAGGAUCAUGAACCCCACCAACGACGUGUUCGAGAAGCGCAUCUCCGCGCUCGAGGGCGGCGUGGGCGCCGUCGCCGUGUCCUCCGGAAUGUCCGCGCAGUUCCUCGCCAUCACCACCAUCUGUCAGCAGGGCGACAACAUCGUGUCCACCCCGUCCCUGUACGGCGGCACCUACAACCAGUUCAAGGUGACCCUCCCCAGGCUCGGCAUCAACGUCAAGUUCGCCAAGGACGACGAGCCCGCGUCGUUCGAGUCCCUCAUCGACUCCCACACCAAGGCCCUCUACGUGGAGACCAUCGGUAACCCCCGCUUCUCCGUCCCGGACUUCCGCGCGCUCAAGGCCAUCGCGUCCAAGCACGGCAUCCCGCUCAUCUGCGACAACACAUUCGGCGGCGGCGGGUACGUGUGCCAACCCCUCAGGCACGGCGCCGACAUCGUCGUCGAGUCCGCCACCAAGUGGAUCGGCGGCCACGGGACCACCGUCGGCGGCGUGAUCGUCGACGGCGGAACCAUGAACUGGAACAACGGCAAGCACCCCAUCUUCACCGAGCCGUCGCCCGGGUACCACGGCCUCAGGUUCUGGGACACCUUCGGACCCACCGGCGUUUUGGGCGUCAACGUCGCGUUCAUCAUGCGCUGCCGCGUCGAGGGACUCCGCGAUAUCGGCAUGUGCCAGAACCCGUUCGGAUCUUUCAACUUCCUCCUCGGCCUGGAGACGCUCAGCCUCCGCAUGGAGCGCCACUGCGGGAACACGAUGGCGCUCGCCAGGUACCUCCAGUCGCACCCCAUGGUGUCCUGGGUCAACUACCCGGGUCUCAGCGACCACCCCUUCCACCGCAAGGCGAACGAAUACUUCCGCAAGGACUGCUACGGCGCGGUGCUCACCUUCGGCGUCAAGGGUGGCCUCGGCCCCGGCACCAAGUUCAUCGACUCCCUCCGCCUGGCGUCGCAACUCGCCAACGUCGGCGACGCCAAGACUCUGGUGAUCCACCCGGCGUCCACCACCCACGAGCAGCUCACGGAGGCGGAGCAGAAGGCAUCGGGCGUGAGCCAGGACAUGAUCCGCGUCUCCGUCGGCAUCGAGCACAUAGACGACAUCGUCGCCGACUUUGCGCAGGCUCUCGAGGAGGCGAGAAACGCGCAUUAAUUAACGUUAGGCGGCGGAGAGGCGAGAUGGGUUGAACACGGUACACCUUCGUUUUUAUUAUCAACGCGGGUCUCACUUCAUAA